GAGAGAGAGAGAGAGAGAGAGAGAGAGAGAGAGAGAGAGAGAGAGAGAGAGAGCAUGGAUAGAUUUGCGUCGUUGAAGGCGGCGGUGGAAACGGCGGCGCUAGUGGACGCCCACGCGCACAACAUUGUGGCGGUCGACUCCACGUUCCCUUUCCUGAACUGCUUUUCCGAGGCCACCGGCGAUGCCUUAUCCGAUGUACCACACACCAUCAAUUUCAAGAGAAGCUUGAAAGAAAUUGCAAAACUGUAUGGUUCCGACGUAUCAUUGGAUGCUGUUCAAGAAUACCGGUCCAUCUCUGGAGUGGAAUCAGUAACUGCUAAGUGCCUCAAAGCUGCUAAAAUCUCAGCCAUAUUCAUUGAUGAUGGACUUGAGCUAGACAAAAUGCACGAAAUUGAGUGGCACAAGGAAUUUGUACCAUACGUUGGUAGAAUAUUAAGAAUUGAACACGUGGCUGAGAAGAUCCUUAAUAUGGAAAGACCAGGUGGAAUUACAUGGACAUUGGACUCUUUUACAGAACAAUUCACAGAUAACCUGAAAUCACAUGCUGAUAGAAUCGUUGGGUUUAAAAGUAUAGCUGCAUACCGUAGUGGACUUGAAAUUGACACAAACGUUUCAAAGAAGGAUGCCGAAGAGGGCCUUAAUGACGUUUUACGAGCUGGAAAGCCUUUCCGCAUCACAAAUAAAAACUUCAUUGAUCACAUCUUCAUCUAUGCAUUGGAGGUUGCCCAAUGUUUUGGCUUGCCAAUGCAGAUUCACACAGGUUUCGGAGAUAAAGAUCUAGAUUUAAGGCUAUCCAAUCCCCUUCAUCUUCGCAAUAUUCUCGAGGAUAGUAGAUUCAGCAAGUGUAAAAUUGUUCUUUUACAUGCAUCAUAUCCUUUCUCCAAAGAAGCAUCAUAUCUGGCCUCUGUGUACUCUCAGGUGUAUCUGGACUUUGGGCUGGCAGUUCCAAAACUUAGCUUUCAUGGGAUGGUUUCCUCAGUCAAAGAGCUCUUGGAUUUAGCACCAAUAAAGAAGGUAAUGUUCAGCACUGAUGGCUGUGGUUUUCCAGAGACCUUCUAUCUAGGUGCUAAAAAAGCACGUGAGGUUGUGUUCUCUGUUCUGCGUGAUGCUUGCACUGAUGGAGAUAUUUCAAUUCCGGAAGCUCUUCAAGCUGCUAAAGACAUAUUUUCUGAAAAUGCAACACAGUUAUACAAUAUUAAGACUGUUUCAGAAUCUUUUGAUUCUAAUGACAUUGCACUCCCCUACUCUAUGAAGUUGGACUUAACUGCUCCUGUUAAGGGUGUUGCAUUUGUUCGCAUUAUUUGGAUUGAUGCUUCUGGACAGCAUAGAUGUCGAGUGGUUCCUCAAAAACGUUUCCAUGAUCUCGUUUCGAAGAGUGGUGUUGGACUAACCUGCGCUUCGAUGGGUAUGUCUUCGCACACGGAUGGUCCUGCUGAUGAAACUAAUCUAACUGGAGUGGGUGAAAUCAGACUCAUUCCUGAUCUAUCAACCAAAAGAAUAAUUCCCUGGGCAAAAGAACAGGAAAUGGUUCUGGCUGACAUGCACCUUAAACCUGGAACACCGUGGGAGUAUUGUCCCAGAGAGGCGCUGCGAAGAGUUUCAAAAGUUUUGAAAGAUGAAUUUAACUUGGUAAUUAAUGCAGGUUUCGAGAAUGAGUUUUAUCUCUUACGGAGUGUGCUGGUGGAUGGGAAAGAAAAAUGGGUACCAUUUGAUGCAACUCCUUACUGCUCCACAGUAGCAUUUGAUGCUGCUUUUCCUAUACUUAAUGAAGUUGUGGCUUCUCUUCAGUCGUUGAAUAUCGCUGUGGAACAGCUGCAUGCAGAAGCUGGGCAUGGUCAAUUUGAAAUCGCAUUGGGUUACACAACCUGUGAAAAUGCAGCUGACAACUUAGUUUACACACGUGAAGUUAUACGGGCUGUGGCCAGAAAACAUGGAUUAUUGGCGACUUUUAUACCCAAGUACGCUCUUGAUGAUAUUGGCUCUGGAUCACAUGUGCACAUCAGUUUGUCCGAGGACGGAGAAAAUGUAUUUAUGGGCAGUAGUGGAGCAACUAGAUAUGGAAUAUCCACGAUAGGGGAGGAGUUCAUGGCUGGAGUGUUGGAUCAUCUUCCUUCAAUACUGGCGUUUACAGCACCACUUCCAAAUAGUUACGAUCGUAUACAACCAAAUACAUGGAGUGGAGCGUAUCUAUGCUGGGGGAUGGAAAACAGAGAAGCUCCUAUAAGAACCGCUUGCCCUCCUGGAACCCCAGAUGGAUCUGUAAGCAAUUUUGAGAUAAAGGUAUUCGAUGGUUGUGCAAAUCCUCAUCUGGGCCUGGCUUCCAUAAUUGCUGCUGGGAUUGACGGCCUACGCAAACACACUACUUUACCCGAACCAAUUGAUGAUAAUCCAGACAAUUUCAAAGACAAAGUGAAAAGGCUACCUACGUCGCUCUCCGAAUCUGUUGAAGCCCUCGACAAAGACACAGUUCUGCGAGAUUUGAUCGGUGACAAGGUUUUGAUUGCCAUCAAAGGGAUUAGGAAGGCUGAGAUCAAGUACUAUUCGGAAAAUAAGGAUGCCUGGAAAAAUCUGAUUUACAGAUAUUGAGGUCACUGAUAAUCCUCAAUCGUCUUCAUAAAGUUAACAUUGGUUGAAACUUUGUUGUAUUUCUUUUCUGUCUAAUUCCUUAAAAAUCAAUUUCAUAAACCUAAUUGUUGUCGUCAUCAACUCACAAGUAUUAUUCUCUGUUGUUGUCAUGAACGCACAUGUAUUCGAUAUGUUUGUUUGUUAUGUCUGUAAAAGAAAGCUUCACGUGUUGAGAAUACUUUGUCCAUGU